AACUUAAAAGUUGUGCAAUUGAGAGAUCUGAUAACGAGUUCUAAAACCUAUGAUGAAGAAUUUACAAAAAAUAUGUUAAGCAAUAUAAUCGAUGAUCGCGUAAAAGAAGCAGUAGAAGCAAGAUUAGCCAAGGAACGCGAGUUUGAAUUAGAAAAGUUUAAACUCCAACUUGAAGUUAAUAAGAAUAUGCCAAAGGAAUCUGUUUCUCAAGUAGAUCAGCCUAAAUUUGAUUUGAGUCGCAUUCUUCCAAAGUUUAACCCAAAGGAAGAUGAGAUAGGACUUUAUCUGACCAUGUUUGAGCGUCAAUUGAAGUUCGUAAAUAUACCUGAAACUGAUUGGAUCCCAUACUUGAUUGGAUCAUUACCAUCUGAAAUAAAUCAAUUAGUUGUUAGAGAAAACGAAGAGGAUUCUAAAGAUUAUGCAAAAGUAAAAGCUAUGCUUUUGAAGCGAUAUAGACUCACAGCUGAUAGGUUUCGACAAAUGUUUUCUCAGCAUAGAAAAUCUGCAGAAAUUACAUGGAAGGACUUUGCUUUUGAAUUGAAAUCUUAUUUUGAAGGAUGGAUUAAAGAAUUGAAUAUCUCUAGUUUCGAGCAGCUACAAAACUUGAUCAUUGCAGAUCAAAUAAAGAAAAGAACACCUCCCGAGGUAAGAGAACAUUUUGUGGACAGUUUAUCAGAAAUGAACAAUCCGUUCGAGCUCGCAGAAAAGCUCGAUUAUUAUGAAAAUGUAAGACUUGGCAUGAAGAAAAAUGGAUCUUCCAAUGCAAAGUAA